AGUGUCUUGUUCUAUUAACAGAACCACUGCUGUGGAGCUCAGGAACCGGACGACUGGGAUCUGAAUGUUUAUUUCAGCUGUAACGGAACUCAUCGCAGCAGAGAGAAGUGUGGAGUUCCUUUCUCCUGCUGCAACGCUGAUCCUGCUGACUCGGUGGUGAACACUCAGUGUGGCUACGACGUGAGAAACAAACAGAAGAGGGAGUGGAGUGAGCACAUCUACACUAAAGGCUGCAUCGCUGCGUUGGAGGACUGGUUACCUGGAAAUCUGUUCACCGUGGCCAUCGUCUUCAUCGUCAUCUCUCUGCUGCAGAUGGUGGGGAUCUACCUGGCCAGGACUCUGAUCUCUGACAUUGAGAAGGUCAGAUUCACCUACUGAAGCCACGCCUACAGGGGGCGGGGCCUGUAUCCGUGGGGGCGGGGCCUCCACCAGGUGCACCGAGUUUCUUCAGUCAGACGUGCCUUCUUCUUCUUCUUCUCCUUCUUCAGUAACUCUGCUGUACCUGCCGUCACUUCCUGUCAUCGGCUAGAUGGACUUCUGAUGACCUUGUUGCUAUGGUAACUGAGGACAUGGCGUCUAGUAAAGAUGCAUCUAAUAAUGUUUGACAAUGUGACCUAGUUCUGUUGAUCAUGUUGUUUUGUCACUGAAAGCUUCGUCGUCUGACAGACAUGUGUGUCCGCUCUUUAUCCCACUGCCUUCACCGUUGUUUAAGAACGAUCCGCUGUGCACCAGACUGCCUUCACCGUCGUUUAAGAACGAACACACUUUGUUUCGAUCUGCAACUUCAGGCCUGUUUACAGUUUCAAUCCUCUCUGUGAAUGUUUAUUGAACCAGUGUGACCUUUGACCUGACUGGCUGUUUACUGUUCAGUGCUUCCUCCAUCAUCAUCAUCAUCAUCAUCAUCUUCAGGUUGAACUCAGGUCUUCUUGUGUUUCAGUUUUUGAACAUCAUGUGAUGAAAUGAUUUACUGGAGAAUAACAGAAUUUAUGAUUGACUGAAAUUAUGAAUUGAUUAUCAGAAUUUGAUCACUAAUUGAUCACUAAUUGAUCACUAAUUGAUCGGUGACUUAUUGAAAUAGUUUGACAUUAACUGAAUCCUUGCAGCACUUCAGAAACCACAGAAGAAGAGAGGAGUAUAACUGAAGUUAAGGUUCAGGUCAUGUGAUCAUGUGAUUGAAUAUGAAAACUUUAUUAACACUGGAUUCAUGUUAACGAGCUUUGAAUGAAUAAAGUUUUUUGUUUGAAUGUUUUUCAGGAUAUUUGAGCCGAUCAGAACAAACCAGAGAAAAUUCUGAAUUAUUGUAUAAAUGUUCUGUUUUAACUGAUUUCUGAUUUCCUCUUCAUGAAUUAAUGAUUUAAUUCUAGUUUUUGUGUUUGAGUUUUAUUUUGAAGGGAUUCUGUUUUUAUAAAAGUGAAUUUUUAUGUCUUUUAUAUUCAUCAAAAUAAAAAUGAAGUUUGGUCGGA